AUGAUCGAGGAAAAAUUAUUAGAAAACGAAAUAAAUUCUUCUGCCAUCGAUUUUCAACAUGACUUUCAAGAUCUUCUCAAUCGAAUCACACGAAAUUAUUCAAAAUGGACAAUUUUGCCCAGCGAAGAAUGCGAAAGAUUAAAAAUAGUAAAUAAAUCUUUGUGGUUACUAUUAAAUGAUCACAGCAACAUGACGACUGGGUAUCCCAUUCGGUGUUUGGAUCACGCGCCCCAACGUCAUUUACAUAACACGAUUCAAGCCGUAGUUUUAAUUGUUAUGUUUGUUGUUUCCCUUUUUGGAAACAUGAUGACCGUUUAUAGUUUAAUUCAAAGACAUAAAUCCAACACUCGACAGUAUUCUAGUUCCGUUUAUAAUUUAUUAUUUCACUUAAGCAUUGCGGAUCUUUUGGUCACGUUCACGUGCUUGUUGGGAGAAGCCGCCUGGAGUUUUUCGGUGUCUUGGAAAGCCGAUAAUUUCACGUGCAAAACUUUUAAGUUUGCACAAGUGUUUAGUUUAUAUUUAUCAACUUUUGUACUUGUUUUAAUUAGUUGGGACAGGUUUUUGGCUGUGAAAUAUCCUAUGAAAACUCUUCAUCCGAAACGCAGAUGCAACAGGUCCAUAAUGUCGGUUUGGAUAUUAAGCUUUCUUUUCAGCAGUCCUCAGGUCCUCAUAUUUCGAGUGGGCAAAGGACCAUUUUAUGAAGAUUUUUACCAAUGCGUAACAUACGGAUUUUACACAGAACCUUGGCAAGAACAACUUUACACAGUUUCAACUUUAUUUUUAAUGUUUAUCCUUCCACUUGGUAUAAUUGUUUGGUCAUAUGCUUCAACAUUUAUCACUUUAGCACAAAAUGAAAAAGUAUUUCAAGCCGAAUUAGAUUCUUCCGGUAAACUUUUUAGACCCAAUUACAAUAGAAGGAGACUCAUAAACAAGGCAAAAGCAAAAUCAAUGAGAAUUUCCGUUGUGAUUGUUAUCACUUUUAUCAUCUGCUGGGCACCUUAUUACUCCAUGAUGUUAGUUUUCAUGUUUUACGAACCUGACGAACAGGUAGAAAUAAGUAUCUUUUUAACGCCUCUUAAAAAUAUUUUGUACGCAUUUAUAAACUAA